CGGUGCUGUUCGUUGCAGCGACGAGAGUGCAGCCCGAGAGCGCACAAGCAUCAUCUUUGAUCUGAGAGAGAAGGCGUCACCGAGGUCGGAUCGACAUCCAGGCCUUUGGCGCGCUCUCUAAAUACGACAAUGCCGUGCGCCCAGCCGAUGUGGAGAGAUCCGAUUUUGCCGCGGCCGGAAAUCGGGCUCGCCCUCAGCGUCGUCCGUCAACGCCUCGGUUUCCGGGCGCCAUUGGUGCAGGACGGCUAGCAAGAGGAAAGAGGGAGGAUGAAGCGGGCACAUCAGACAGGCUCUAGAGGCAAGGCAGAGAGGCGAGCAGGCUGGUCUUUUUGUACAGUACUUCCUCCGGGCCGUAUGCUGAGAUUAGAAGGCUUGUCCGCCCGCCCGCACGGGCCCGCGCAGGCAUGAACGCAAAUGCAAACACAGAUGAUGCAGAUGAAUCGGGGUGGUGAUGUAUUGAAGGACAGAUCAGAUCAAGGCAAACCACCAUGACGCAGACCCAGGCUCCCAUCCCUAUUGUCUAUCGCCUGUGCAUCAACACCAUCGAGCCGCUGCUGGCCUUUGGCGGCGCGGUGCAGACGCUCUUCUGGCCCGCCGACUUUCUCGCCAUCAUGGCGCACCGGCCCCAGACGGGCGACACACCAGUGUACGAUGUGCGCACCCACUUUCUCUACACCUCCCUCACCGGCGCCUGGCUCCUCUUUGCCUACCUCGAGGCCGUGGUGCUGCGCCUGUAUCCAAACGACGUGCAGCUCUGGAAGCGCCUCAUCGUGCCCAUGCUCCUCUCCGAUGUCCUUUUCUGCCACUCGACUGCCCUGGCCGUCGGUGGCUACGGGGAGCUGCUCAGCGUCGCACACUACACGUCCGCCGACUGGCUCGUCUGUGUGACCACCUGGCCCCUCGUCCUGGCCAGGGUCGCCUUUGUGCUUGGCGUCGGCCUGCCAUCCAGCACCAGCAGCCAGGGUUCGAGAAAGGCCCCUUCUCACGCCGAGUGACACACCCUCUUCGUCACACACGCACACUCUAUGUACUGUACGCUUCUGCUUCUGCUACUACCUCAUCAGUCUCAUUUGUGCAGGUGGGCGUCUGUUCCUAGCCAGUUUGAUGGAAUUUCGAUGCUUCGGUGCCUCGGUGAUGACG